AUGGCAUCAAUGGCCGCCGCAACGGAACCAGCUCUGGCGCCUCCAUUGGGCAUCGAGUCCAACUUCGACGGGCAGGAGGAGGCAUUGCAUGUAUGGAAUCUCGUCACGCAGGGGCUCUGCAUCUCCUUAACGUCGAUAUUUUUCUUCUUGCGGAUGUACGUUCGAGUCUACGUUAAUAGGGGGUUCGGAAGGGAAGACUGGUGUUGUUCUCUUGCCUGGUUUCUCGGAGUUGGAUAUUCCAUCAUUGCGAUUCUGAUGGGUAAAUAUGGUGGUGGGUAUCACCAAUGGGAUGUCCCGAAGUCGGACAUUGUCCCGUUCAACAAGACCGUGUACGGAACAAUGGUCAUAUACGGGCCGGCCGCAUUUCUCACGAAGGCAUCCAUCCUCCUCAUCCUAACCCGAGUUUUUGCACCUUACCGCAAGACAGUAAGGUUCAUAUACGUAUAUUUUGGGGUCCUGCUCGCAUAUUAUGUCCCCGCGAUCAUCGUUAAGGUCCGCAUCUGCAUGCCCAUCUCGUACUUUUGGAUGGGCCAGGAUUCGGAGGGAUCCUGCUUGGAUGAACGCGCGAUUAUUCUGGCCGAUGCAAUUAUCAGCGUCGUGAGCGACCUGACGAUCCUGGUCCUGCCGCUUCUCCUGACCCAUUCGCUGCAAAUGUCUCUCAAGAAGAAAAUCCGCGUCAUUGGCAUCUUGGGGGCUGGUGGUUUGGCUUGUGCGUCGAGCAUUGUGAGACUGGUCCUGAUUGUUCAGAAGGGGAACGCCAAAGACCAGACUUAUGUGUUCAUGCAAAUCAAUCUCUGGGGUAACGCGGAAGUGAGCAUCGGAAUAAUCUGCGCCUGUCUCCCAUCCCUGGCCGCGCUGCUCAACCGCAUAUCGAACGAAUACAUGUCGCGCAAUGGCAGCCGGAGCUAUGACUGCGAGCUUGCUGGAACAGACACACUGACAGGGUCCAAAAUAGCUGGGUCCCAAGGGAGCUUUAACGAUGCAGGAUCUGAGCAAGAAAUCCUAGCCUCACACGCACAAUCAGACAUGAAGGUUGAAACUGCUAUCCGAGCAGACGAGCCAGGAACGAUGCAUUCGCACCACCGCGCGCUUCACUCUUUUACCGGCCGUGGGAUCAUGAAGACGGUUGAUGUUUCGCAUACAAUCACCACCAAGGAAUAA